AUUGGAUUUUAUUCUAAAUAUAGGAAGCCAGGAGUUAUUUUAAAAAUAAAUAGGAAUCACAAGAGGUAUUUUAAAAAUAAAAAAUAAAAAACUCUAGUUACUCUGUGGGAAACGAAUUGGAAAUGACCAAACUGGGAGCUUGUGGCAGAACGGAAACAUAAUCUAUUGCCUGACUUAGAGGAAGGGACAAAUAUUUACUUAGCAAGCCUUUACGUGCCAAGCUGUUCUAAACGCUGAGGAUGAACAAACCGGAGUUCCUGCCUUCACGGUGUUCACAGACUAGCGGGCAGAAGCACACAGCACGUGUGGCGGUGUAGAGGGCUUGGUUGCAAGAGCCGAUAAGGAGGACCCUGGCGACUGCCUAGUCCAAAAGCCCUAGCUAGAGCAAGAUCAACUUGUACUGCCCUUAGUACAGCCACGUGAGUGGGGUGACCAUCGACCUUAACCAAAAAGAUGUCAAGGCUUUCCUCCUCCUCACUCCCGCGUCCCCCGUCUCAGGGAGAGUCUCCCAGCUAGACCCCAGCAGCCUCAGCACACACCGCACGGGGCGACACCUUCCGGGGGCGGGGCCCGGUCUCUCUCGGCGUCCACCGCGCCUGCUCCCCGGACGAAACCCGCGGACAGGGCUUUAGGUUCGCCGGAAUCCCACGCUCCCGACUUCUGCUUCCGGGUCGGAGCCAUGGCGGUGGCAAAUUCAAGUCCUGUUAACCCCGUGGUGUUCUUUGAUGUCAGCAUUGGCGGUCAGGAAGUUGGCCGCAUGAAGAUCGAGCUCUUUGCAGACGUUGUGCCUAAGACGGCCGAGAACUUUAGGCAGUUCUGCACCGGAGAAUUCAGAAAAGAUGGGGUUCCAAUAGGAUACAAAGGAAGCACCUUCCACAGGGUCAUAAAGGAUUUCAUGAUUCAGGGUGGAGAUUUUGUUAAUGGAGAUGGUACUGGAGUCGCCAGUAUUUACCGGGGGCCAUUUGCAGAUGAAAAUUUUAAACUUAGACACUCAGCUCCAGGCCUGCUUUCCAUGGCAAAUAGUGGUCCGAGUACAAAUGGCUGUCAGUUCUUUAUCACCUGCUCUAAGUGCGAUUGGCUGGAUGGGAAGCAUGUGGUGUUUGGAAAAAUCAUCGAUGGACUUCUAGUGAUGAGAAAGAUUGAGAAUGUUCCCACAGGCCCCAACAAUAAGCCCAAGCUGCCUGUGGUGAUCUCACAGUGUGGGGAGAUGUAGUCCAAAGACUGAAUCAGCACCUCCCAGGAGCCUGCCCACAGCUGUGGCUAACAUCAGUUGUGAAUCCGUCGCUGAUCCCUCCACCUCCUCUUCCAGGUCUAAGCCCAGACAGUGGUUCCCACCUGGGUGCUCCCGCAGCACUUGGUUCAUCUCUCCACUGUGGCAUUUAACACACUGUAUCACAAAUGUGUCGGUCUGUUUUUCCCUGGACUGAGAUCAUGCUGACUAACAUAGUGCUUGGUCUGACAGAGCUUAGGUCUUGGCACACCAUGCAGCUUACAAAGUACAUUUAUGCAUUUUCAUACAUUUUGCUUGAGGGCCCACAAUUAAACUUCAGUCUGUGCCUACAGUAUGAUCGAUGCCAGCACUCAUUGUCCACUGGAGCAAGGUGUGGCAUGUCUGAGGAAUGGCAGGAGGAGGGGGACAAUAGUAUCUGAGUGUACUUACCCUGUUCUCUUAGUAUAGCUUGCUCGACUUCAAGGCUAUAAACCGAGAAUGUGGACUGCCCUUUCUCUUACCUCUGGGACCGAAACCUGCAAGGAAGAAGGAUUACUUUUUGUUCUGGACCUCCACAGAGAGCCAUCAGAGUCUGACAAAAAGAACAAAGGCUUUGGAGCCAAGUAGACCAGGAAGCCCCACCACUGUCUAAUUCUGUGACUUUAGUCAAGCCGUGAAACCCCUUGGGACCCUACUCCUUUGCAUAAUUAGAUAAUAUAUAAUGCAUGGAGUUGUGAAGGGCAAAUAAAUGAGACAGUAUGCUUGACCAUAAAUGUUAGUUGCUUUCUUCCUGGUUCUUUUGUAAUUUACUGCCCAACUUUGCUCUGGGGACCCAAAGGUCUGACGUAUGGUGAGACUCUGACCUGUUCUACCCUUUUGGGAAAAGAGGAUUGGGAGUGCAGAGAAUAGCUGGGAGUGGCCGGGCACGGUGGCUCAUGCCUGUAAUCCCAGCACUUUGGGAAGCCAAGGCAGGCAGAUCACAAGGUCGAGAGUUCAAGACCAGCUUGGUCAAUAUGGUGAGACCCCCGUCUCUACUAAAAAUACAAAAAUUGACUGGGUGUGUGGGUGUGGUGGCGUGUGCCUGUAGUCCCAGCUACUCGGGAGGCUGAGGUAGGAGAAUUGCUUGAACCUGGGAGGCAGAGGUUGCAGUGAGCUGAGAUCGUGCCACUGCACUCCAGCCUGAGCAACAGAAAGGGACUCUGUCUCAAAAAAAAAAAAGGAACAGCUGGGAGCAUUGUCUCAUAUGGGAUGUCCCCUUCCAGUUGCUCUGAGGUGCUUACCUCCCCAUCCCACAUUGACCUCCAUGUCUGCCAUUGUAGGCCUUCCCUUCUUCUUGGUGGUGGUCUUGAGUAAGAUAAUCUGGAGUGGCCCUCGUGUUUGCUUCCCUGCCUGCUGCUGCCCCAUUUGAUCAAGAGACCAUGGAAGUGUCAGAGAUUCAGAAUCCAAGAUUGUCUUUAAGUUUUCAACUGUAAAUAAAAUUUUUUUGUAUUUUUU